AAAAAUGGUAUUCACUGCGAAAACGUAAACAAUGAUUGUGACAAAAUUAACAAAAAACAAAAACAACAACAGAACAGCUCGGAAGGACAGCAGACCAAAUUUUCGAAAAACUUAUAAAUAAAAUGGAUUUGCCAGAAAACUCCUCCAGUGCAAACAAGAGAACAACAGCAGGCGGCAGGGUGAAAUGGAGUGCCGCGCUUGAGAGCCUUCUGAUUGACAUAUGGAAGGAGAAAAUUUAAGAUUUGCGCGGACCACGCAAAAAUUCACAUGUGUAAAUUAAGUUGUCCGUAUGUCCAAGUAGCCUUAGCUGCUUGAUGCGGUGGUCCUCGUGCGGGUUCCGUGGUAUAGAAUCCUUUAUGAAGAUUAUGUUGGAGAGAUGUCUCUUAUCACUGGCCUUGUGGUACAGUGGUAUAGAAUUAAUACUUCAAAGUGUUUACGGCUGGUUGCCGGAGCAAGGUUUAUUAACAAGCGUUAGCUUUCGUUAUAAGAACAGAACUAAAACUAGGAGCCACCAGCAAGCUGGGGCAUAAGCUGAAUCAAAAGUAUUUAAUUGCCAAAGAAUGCAAAGCUACAAAAUAUAUGUACUUAGAGCUACAAAGCUACAGUCGGUAAGCCGACUUGGCAUAAGCGAUAAUGCUGAUCUUGCGGCAUGUGCAAGAUAUCAGAUUACCGCCGGUUGACCGUCACAUUCAGGGCGCUGAACUGAAGUUCGCUGAUUUGGCAUCUUGAGUGCAAACAACAUGGAGCAGAGCACAUUGGACAACGACAGUGUUCAUUGCAGAUCCUGAUGAGUACUUUUCGGAUAUUAUUGAGAUGGAUCUUGUAGCUCCAGCACCUUGUCUGGGCGUCCGCCAAAGAAAAAGAAAAAGACCGACAUUUCGUGGCUGGCAGAGAUCGUGUAACGGUUGCGGUUGGACAAUACCGAUUCAAAAUAGGUUAUCGCUAUGGUGCUCGGAUAUCGCAUGCAAUAACCUUGGGCCAAUUAUCGCUGCAGGGCAUAGUAUAGUUGGGGUGGGUGCAAGCAAGCUCGAGGUAGGGAACAGCUGAGCUGAGCUGCCGUAAGGGCUGUGCAGCGCAUCGCAACGGAGCUUUCGAAGCCGAGCUUUAAGAUCGGUAAGCUCUUAUUUAAGCAGUGCAAAAGCACCAGAACGUUCUCUUUCGAAAAUUUGAAUCUGUGCAGCCGGUGGCUAUCUCCGCGUCGGUAGCAAAUACAUAACUAAAUCGACCACGUGUAAGCCCAAAAGAAAAGAAAAGUAAUCCAAAUAAGGGCCACAAAGACAAAAGAAAAGAAAUAAAACGGAACGGGGAAAAUCCCACACGGUGGGCGCGCCGCAAAAAUCGGUCGAAAAUUAAUAAUCGUGCGCCGAGAAAACUGGCAAGAAACUACCCUGGCGAAAAGUGCAUAUUUGCCUCGCCUCGCCAGCAAGUGUUGUUCUUGUUGCAAACCCGUGCGUCCCGCAGCUCUGCCAGGAGAACCCAACGCUCGUGUCUCCGUGGAAAAGUCCGAAAAACUGGUAUGUUACAGUGCCCUGUAGGGAAAAGUUAGAUUUUUUUCUUAGCCCUCGUGGUUUUGGUUCUGUUUCGCCCAUAGGGCCCUGGCCCCGAGCGGUAGCCACCCGGCUCUCCCCAAAGUUCUGCCCCACCCACACCAAACUCCCACCCUUGACGGGAGUACUCUUCGGAGUCGACCUUGGUGUGGGGCGGAGAUUUUUUUGUCCCGUUUGGAGUCGUUGAAGCAUCCACCUGCCCGGCGACAUAACCUCCACCGGCCAUCGCCCUGGCGCCAUAUCUAACGUACGCGCAUAGAGGGCAUAGAGGGCAUAGAGAUCACCCCCCCUAUGCGCCGCUAACUCGCUGUCUGCGACGGCCUAGAAGACGCCGCCACGGAUCCGGACCCAGAUUUCGUAGCAUAGUGUAGUUUUAAUUGUAAUUUUUUUUGGUUCCUUCUGAGCCCUUAUAUGACUAUGUAACUUUCCUUAACUCUGCGUCACAGUCCUACCUCGAUAGGCGGGAAUGUGAAAGUUCUCAAAGCGGAAUUUAUUUUUUCGGGUUGGGGACCGAAAAACUUAAUCAUAAAGUAACAGACUACAAAAAACAAAAAAAAACAAAAAAAACACAAAAAACCUUUUUCAUACCCCCCCUAUUUACCAAUCCCCCUUCGCCCUGGGCACACAUUAACAUGGUUUCCACAGCUCCACAACGAAAGGCGCCUUUCAGCGAGGGACCACUGUAUUAAAGCCGUAAGUGACCCAAUUUCAAUUUUCUCCUUUGCGCCUGUCUUCGUCAAAACCUAAAACGCAUGAGCAGCGGCCAGCCGCUGCUGAUAAGAGAGCGCAACGCUUGCGUUCCACACGCUCGAAGCUUUUCGGUCUCUUCGGUGCCAUUCUGCUAAGCUUGCCUUGCUCGCAUUCCCUGCAUUCUUUUAAUGCAUGGAAACGUAGCCAAGCUAUACACUAACCAACAUAGAAAAAAAAACAUCUCCUCAACCCAGAAAAAAAAAAAAAUAUAAAUUUAUAAUGUUUAAUUAAAUUUCGUUUUGGCUCACCAUUGCUGAUCGCAGGUAUGACCCCCGCUGCUUUUGAAAAUUUUUUUGAUUUUUAUUUUUUUUCCUUUAUACAUACCUAGUUUACUUAUUUCGAAUAUCCUAUAUUAUAUUCCUAUCUUUUCUAUUUAUACUCCACCGUUUAUAUAUACCUAUAUCUAUAAAUUUUUUUUUUCUCCUUAGGGAUUAAGCCUCCUAUUUUUUUUGCAUUCCACUAAAAAAAUUUUUUUUUGAGUUGCCUGCUGAUUGUAGUUUAAUACUUGUGUUAUUUUUGGAAGUGAAACUUGGUUUGCUAGUUUUUGAUUGAAGCAACAUGUCUAUGAUGAAGUACAACGAAAUAUAUUGAAUGUUAUUAGCAAUGAACAUGGAGUAGACUUAUAAUUUCCAAGGGACAGGGUGACGUAAUGGGGUAGGGUAAGAAUUUUAGGGAUUUCCAGAACCUUCGCACCACUGGAAAUCAUGGAAGGGUGGGUAUAGAAUCGUGUGGGUCGACUUCCAUCGCAAGACCUCACGCCCGCGAGAGUUUGGAACACGCCGACGAAAGCCACUAGUACUUUUCGGGUAAGCCCUAUGAUUGUGCCAUUUAAUGUCCGUUAUGCUCGGAAUAGGCAUAGUGUUGUUUUCGGAGUUCGCUCCCGGUAGAGUCACGGGAUUCUAAAAAAUUUAAAGUUUAUGUAGUAGGAGUCGAGACGCGGUCAAACGAACCCCCCCCAAGUUACCGAAUGAGCACGGAACCAAAGAAUCCCCCCCGGCCGUGACCUCGACAUCCCCUCCAAUCCAUCCCCUACUCACGGAUAGAAAUAUCUCGUGGAAAUGUUACAUAAAUUUUUGGCGCCCAACGUGGGGCCCUAGCCAAAGUUAUAGUGACAGUAAAAAGUAUUGGUAACUUUAGCAACAAAAUCAGCUAUUGGCUCGUCCCACCUAUUGCUCGUUUGUAUUCAUAUGCUUAAUGCUGACUUUAGUUUUCUCUAAACGAUCUGGUCAUUGCUCCGAUACAAUUUCAGAAUAUUGCGGAUUCUGCUUGGAUCCUAAUACUGGUUGUUCCUCUGAGUUUUAUGGGGAGGUCGUCGAGUCUACGACGAAGGGAAGCUUAAGUGAUCAUCCGGAAUUGAGAAAGUAGUUCCCAUGUUGACGCAUCCUGUCGGGCUAGUCAAACUUGUUGUCUGGAAUGUGUAUAUAUGCUGCUUGCGUAUUCAUACCGAACAAGCGAGAUUGGUUUAGGUCGCGUCCGUCAAGCUACAGUUCAUUCAGCGGAUAUUAGUUUCAAUAGAUUGAAUUGUGAGGUUGAUUCGGAUUUGGUAUUGUUACUCUUUGCGCAUAGCAUACGGUUGAAUACAAUUGCAGAAUAUUGCAUAUUUGGUUUCGGCCGGAUAUCAGUACUGAUUGUCCCUGUACGGGUGAUGGAAGCACAGAGAUGGCGGUCCCAGAUUUGGUCUUCACUCAUACCCUUACCAUUGGCGGGUAUUAUUCCAGCGGCAGCGGUGGCUGCAUAUGGUUGUCUGGAACUAGCGCGUAUGCUGCUUGCGUAUCCUUGCCGAAUCAUAUGUGGACACUUAAACCAGUGCACUGAUACUAAGACAAUGCAAAUUAGAAACCAUAGCCCAAACAAAAUCAAUUCUUUUGUCGCUGUUCCAAAGAUUCGCAACUCCUAUCCCUAUCUUAUUAUGUCACCCAUUAAAUGUCACCCUAGGAAAAAUUUGGUAGAAUAUAGAAAAAAAAUAAAAAAAAAAUAAAACUUAAUAAAAAUGCCGCUGCGACAUAGUCCUCAGCAAAACAAUCCGCUGAGUUCGGAAAACUUUUGCGGCAUUUGUUGCUCCGAAAUGUCCAAUACUCAGCCGUGUUUUUGUACUCCGUGCAAUCACGUUUUCCAUAAAGCAUGUCUGGAAGAAUGGUUCCCUCAUCACGAUGAUUGUCCGAACUGUAGCGGAGUAUGUACGUUAUCUCAAGCAAAACUAGUUGUUGGCAAUUGUUCUCCAAACAAGCCGCAGCCGGAACCAACAGAAUUACCCGGUCCCUCGGGAAUUACUACUCGAAGUCUUGCCAAAGCUUUGGAGGUCGUACAGACCCCGGCAAAUGGACAUUGUCAGCCAGAGACGGGAAAGAUAUCCGAGGGAAAUGGCAAGAAUACCCAAUUGAGCCAACUUCCAACUGUAGGUUCAGUCCCGGUAGAACGAACCACUAGGCCAACUCGUUCCAAAAGAACUCGAGCACCAGCCAAAAAGCAGGUCCCGAAGUUCCCGCCAGGUCGAUCUUCCGGACCGGAAGUAGUGUGUUUGUCGGGAUUGGAUGCUAGCCGUAGCUCCAAUCAGACUGAAGCUCCGUCAGCUAAGGUCGCCACUCACUCUAGCCCUUGGGAAGCACCCAACGCACGGACAGCCCCUCUAAGCCAGGGGUUGGACUUGGAUGUCCUCCAACAGAUAAUUGAGCGCACUGUGGCCAGAGCCAUAUCCACUUUGCAGAUUCAGCCGCCAGCGAGUCCGCAGGAAGGGUAUGCGAGGCCAAAUAUCCCAACACCAGUUUCAUGUAUAAACAGCAUGACUAGCCUGCGAACGGCCAAGACGGCCAACAUUAUGCAAAAGUGGAAUGUUCCUUUUGAUGGUUCUACCGAAGGUUUAGGGGUAGAAGAAUUCAUUUACCGAGUCAAAACAUUAACCGAUGAAACCUUGGAUAGCGAUUUUCUCGGCCUUUGCAAAUAUUUGCACAUCUUGCUGGUUGGCAAAGCGCGCGAUUGGUAUUGGAGAUACCACAAGCAGGUAGAUCGCAUCGUUUAUACAGAAUUUUGUGCAGCUCUUAGACAACAAUAUAAAGACUAUCGUUCGGAGUUUAUGAGCAAGGAAUUGAUUCGAGCUCGAAAGCAACACGUCGGAGAACCCUUUGUCGCUUUUCACGACGCCGUGGCUGGUCUUAUAGAUAAAUUUGGCAUUAAAAUGGCGGAAGAGGAAUUAAUAGAAAUAUUAAAAGCAAAUUUGCUUCCCGACACCCGUCACAAAAUCUUAUAUCAGUCCAUUAGCUCAGUUGGUCAAUUGAGAAGAUUAGUACAGAUGCAUGAAAAUCUAGUGCAGGAGUUACAGAAAUCUGACAAGUCUCGGCCACCGGUCGGCCGUCGUUCGAUACAUAGUCUGGAGGAAUCGCGCCCUGAAAGCGAUCAAGAAGAGUAUGAGGAUAUCAGCGUAGAGGCCAUUCAAAGUUCGACGGCUAAGCGUUCUUGUUGGAAUUGUGAGGAGCUUGGACAUGUGUGGGAAAAUUGUAUGGCAGAUAGGCGGAUAUUUUGUUACGGCUGUGGAGCUCCGAAUGUCUAUAAGCCGCAGUGCCAAACAUGCAUUCGUAGAGCUUCGGAAAACCGUCAGAAGGGUGCAUCCAACAACAGCCGGAUGCCCCCAAAAAACCACCAUUAAUCUUGCCCGUUGACUUAGAGCGAGACAAGAAGAGUUUGGCUUCUUGUUGUGAGAAAAGAAAGGAAACGAAUACG